AUGGAUGCGUUUGUCAAGCGGCUUCCCAAGCCCGACGUCAUCCAACCUUCCAAAAGUCCAGCGCCAGCAGAUGGCGACCUAGCUGAGUCUCCUAGGCCGCAGAAAAGGCAAAAGCAGGUUGUCAUACCAGAUUCUGAAGACGAUUCGGAAGAGGAGCUCGGGGAUGAUGACGAUGAGUUCACGCCUCAUGUCCUGCACGAGAAAGGCGCACAGCAGCUCACAGACUUUGAAAAUGCUCUUCCCGACUCUCAAGAUGACGAGAAAGCAAUUAAAGAGUACGAAAACUUCAAGCUGUCACAAGAAGCAGAGGCAAAUGCGGGGAGUGAAAGUGCAGAGCAGGUCAAGACGACUUCGGUGCGAGGGAGGAGCUCAAUCUAUGUCGAUGCAUUCAACUUGGCUCUCGACACAGUACUGGAAGAAGAGUCACAUCUCUUUGAUGCAAAAGAGAAGGAGGUUUUUCGACAAUGGAGGGAGCUUCACUAUGAGGCCCAGUUUAUUCCGGGUAUUGUGCUAGAAGAUACCUUUACCUUUGCGGACAAGUCAGAAGACCACAUCAAGUCUGUUGCGCAAGCGGCUCCUCUGUUGAGCCUGGAUGAGCUCAAAUCUGUCGCUAAGGAAGCCAGGGUGCAAGGCAAGAACAAAGCCGACCUUGUCAAGGCACUAUGUCGUAUGACGCAGAGACAAGCUGGUCUGAUGUCGCUGGGCCUAAGCAGGCACAACAGCCGUGAAGGAUCUGUCGCCUCAGAGGGUUCCGAGAGCCCAGCGCCCAAGUCCAGGGUCAAACUGCGGCGAGAAGAUUCUAACCGGGAGCAGCAUUUUCUUACGAAGAUACUCGAGAUUCUGGGACCAUGCGUACGGCUAUCCCCUGUUCCGUUCAAGCUAUUCGAACGCGUGCACUUGGUCUUUUAUCGCUCCACCGAAUGGACGGAAAAGUCAUUGACGACAAUCAUCUUGGCUAAAAUCGCGAAGCGCAAUUUCCCAGAGUAUCUGGUAUGUCGUACGUCCACAAUUUUCGCAUCGAGAGCACAUCUGCUGGAAUUCGAGUCCGGCAUUCGCCUCGAGGCAGAAGUCGAUAGGAUCACAGAGUUCAGCGAGGUACCAGGUGAGGCUGGUUUCCAGAGGAUCUUUGAGAUAUUCGAGGCCAUCUACCCACGAUGGAAAGCACUCAUCAUCGAAGAGGAGGACAAAGAGCAGCGCGUGUAUGAAAUGGGCGAAGGCGCCUACUUACGGCGCUUCACGCCUGCCCAUUCGUACACUCGCAUCAUCCACAAAGCCUUGCCUGUCUUUGCUAGAUGGAAAGAACAUGCCAGGGAGCAUGGUCUUCUGAGUGAACUGCUUGGUCAGAGGCUCUUCCACAUGGCAAGACGCGGAGCCUGGUAUCAGCGCAAAGCCCUGCUGGAGGAGCAUUACAUGUACGCCUUGGACGAGAAUCCUAUUUCCGACACCGAGGAAAAGCAGAUGAAGCAUUGGAGGAAAAUCGCCGUGGCUACCUGCGAGGCAGGCCUUCGUGACCCUGACUGUCACUUGAUCUAUCACUACGAUCUGCAGAAGCGGCUCACCAAGCUGGAGAAGAAGCUCAGGAUACCCAAGCGCGAACAGCAUGACUUUGGUCAUGUACGGCUGGCAGAUGCCGAGGAUAUCACUGUCGAGGGUACCCAACUGAAGAGGGACAUGCCUGUCAAGGCGGGACGGCAGGCAGCCUCGACCAAGACCAUUUGGCUCGAUGAACUCGACUCGGGCGGCGAGUGUAGCGUCGAGGAGAUGUGUCUGAGCAAGUUCCGCCAGGAUGGCUGGAAGGGAUAUCAUGCUGAGGGAGGCAUCAUCCGUACGCUUUUCGCCUACCUUUUCUACGAUGUUCUUUUCGUCUACAUACCCAACGUGUUUCAGACAGCCUUCCAAACAUGUCCUCUGGAUCUGCACACCGAUGCAUUCUUCCCUGUGAGGGCUUCCGAGAUCAAUCACCGACUUGUCGACAUAGCCAAUGGGCAAGGCGAGCGCAUUGUGCGAGAAGUGUGGGAGAAUCACCAUGACCGGCGGACUUGCGUCAUCGGCUUGAAGUGGGAUUUCGACAUUGAGGAUAUCGCACAGUUGGUGUCCUGCUUUGAGGGCAGUGCGCUGGCAGCCGUGUGCAAGGUGAUGGCCCAGGAAUACAGGCAGCGCGGGGGUGGCAUCCCAGAUCUGAUAUUGUGGCGCCCAUUUGGAGAAGACGAGCGCCCAUCUCGAUCCGGCGGUGGGCCUGGUACUGCGAACGGCGAGGUCAUGUUUGCAGAGGUCAAGAGUGCCAAUGACCGGUUGAGCGACACGCAGCGGCUCUGGAUCCAUGUCCUCACGGGCGCUGGCGUCAGGGUUGCGCUUUGCAACGCAGUGGCUGCGGAAGUGAGGGAGGUUGAUUGA